CUUGCAUCCCUAUAUUUUCAUUCUUUCAACGACCUAUAUCAUCUCGCCUCUCUUCUCUUCUGCUGAGCAGUCCGACUCAACUGACUUUGACACCGCCCUUAACGCGCUUGGACCUUUUCCCUCUUUGUCUCAUAACGACAUCUCUUCUAAAGCUUUUCUCAUCCCUUUACUCUAUAUUUCUUUUACAUUUACGAUGACUCGUCAUACGAACCAACUUUUGUCUCUCUUUUUCGUCUCUCUUUCUUUACUGGCCGUCGUUUCAGCCGCUUGCUCGGCUUCUUCUCCUUGUGGGGCGGAUGCACCUUGUUGUUCGGAGUAUGGAUACUGCGGAUCGGGAUCGUAUUGUCUAGGAGGAUGUUCGCCGCUGGGUUCACACUCCUUUACUUCUUGUCGUCCGGAUCCUAUUUGUGUUUCUGGCGAAACGGACUUUACCGAUCUCUCGAGGGUUCUACAAAACAGUACCGCCUACACUGGGAAUGUGACCGGAUACGAUUGGAUAUUAAACACUGGAACUCUGGUUCCCGACCCUAAUGGUCAAGGAGUUCGACUGACCCUCACUGAGAAUGAUCAAGGUACCAAAAUCUCCAGCACAAGAUAUGUCCACUAUGGUCAAAUUGAUAUGACUCUUGAAACAUCGAAGUGGCAAGGCGUGGUCACUGCCGCCAUCACCAUGUCUGAUGUUCACGACGAAAUCGAUUGGGAGUUCCCAGGUAAUAACACUUCGUCUGGUCAAACAAAUUAUUGGUUCCUUGGUAUCGCCAAUUACUCUGCAACAGAAGGCCAGACGGUCACUAUCAAUUCUGACACUUCGAGCAACUUCCAUACGUACUCUUUCAACUGGCAAGAAGAUUCUUUGCAGUGGUUGGUGGAUGGGAAUGUGGUGAGAACUGUCAAUAAAGAUGAUACAAUUGUGAACGGAGUGGCUAAAUACCCCACAACACCAUCCCGGAUCGAAAUUUCCAUCUGGCCAGCAGGUAUCAACGGUUCUGCUCAAGGAACGAUCGAUUGGUCUGGGGGUAUGAUCAAUUGGGAUGAUCCAGAUUACGUCUCCAAUGGGUAUUUCUACAAUACACUUCAAAGUGUCAAAGUGAAUUGCGCCGAGACUGCUUCUAGUGGGAAUAUAACAGGAUGGAGUUAUACUGGAAAUGGGACUGAUGGAGUUCCUGUCGUUGCCGAAACCAAUGCCUCUUUAUUACUCAAUUCUGCUAAACCGGUUUAUCAAUCAGCACCUGGUGUGUUGGUUCUUCUUUUCACUCUUUUAUCAAUCGCCUUGCUAGGCUGUAAUAUAUAGUCAUAAUAUGAAGGAUGCAUGACGCUAUCAUGACUUG